AUGAGUCGACCACUCAUCGAACUGUUAAGGAAGCCAGGCGUUUUGGCCCCUGGUGUGUGCGUUGCUGCGGACACUGCAUUUCCCGUGAAAGGCGGGAACCGCAGCAUCGUAACUCCUUUGAAAUCUGGUGACAUCGACAAGACAUCGCCCGUGCUGCGAGCUGCUGUUGAGCGAGUCAGUAACGCAAUUACCUCGUUACGUCAGGCUGCGGAGUGGGGCAUGGGAUCUGCCCCGAUUGUCUACCGCACAUUGGGAUUGCCACUCCCUUACAGUCCAACUGUUCGUGCCCGACGACUAAGCACGAUCUACCGCUUGUACAACUACCGAAGCUUCAUGCUGCUGCUCACGUUUGCGAGCUUCUCGCUCCCGAUCUUCACGAUCCAAUAG